AGCAGGCGCAGCAGCGCAACACACACACAGAUGGUUAAUGUCGGUGUCGGUGCAGGUAACCUGUUCACCAUGAGCCACCGGCACCGUUCGCGCUGCCUCUCCAUCGCCCUGCUGCUGUUUCUGUUCCCAGCUCACGGUCCGAGACGCACAGCGGAGCUCGCGGUGGCGGCGGAAUACUCCUCCAAAACCGACUUGGACUACGAGUUUGGGGACUACCGGGGAAAGUGGUGCAUCGACGACCACGGGUUUGUUUACGGAAUCGGAGAGGUUUAUUACCCGAGCACCACGGCGUGUCCGUGCACGUGCACCGUGGACGGUCCCGUGUGCGUCCGACCCAAGUGUCCACGCAUCCACCCCCGGUGCACGCGGAUCAGAUACAGGGCAUGUUGUCCGGUGUGCGAGGCUGUGGCCAGGGUCUGUGUCUACGGGGGCAAAACGUACCGGCUCCUGGAGGAGUUCAGGCUGUCAAGGUGUGAGCGAUGUCGCUGCGAGGCCAAUAGAGAGGUGUACUGCAGCAUUUCGGACUGCCCUGCCCCUCACUGCGUCAACCCCACCUAUGAACCCAGCCACUGCUGCCCCAUCUGUAAGACUGGUCCAAACUGCUUUGCUGGGAACAGGGUGAUUCCAGCGGGGGAGCGUGUCAACAUUGACGAGCAGACAGUAUGCUACUGCACCUACCGGGAUGGGACGUGGCACACCCAUCCUCAGGCCACCUGUGAACGGCGCCCCCAGCCCAGCCCAACACCCAGCACCCACACCAAGCCCCCCGAUGACAAGGAUUUUAGCGGGAAAGCAGGGAAGCCGUUUAUUCCCAGACUAGAUGUGAUACCAUGAAGUGGAGUGUAAAAUAACAAUUUCAUAGAGACAAAGCCAGUCAGCUGGUACAAAUAAACUAAACUAACUAAAAGUUGUAUGUAUUAGUAUCAGAAUAUCUAAAUUUAUAUAUAUAAUUGCCUGAAGAAAUGUGGGAUAAUCUGCAGGGUUGUUGGUGUUGGAGGUGAAAUUAGCAACAUCCUAAGAAAAAAAAGACUUUCUAUUUUUUCCAUUUUCAUAUUCACACAUUUUCCAUUUUAAUUCACUUAUUCAAUUGUCCCAUAUUUAAAUACAGUGGCAGAUUUACCAUCAGUAUUCUGAAUCAUUUUUUAAACAAUUGCUCUUUGAUUUCAGUAGAUAAAAGUAGGCUUCUCAUUUCCAUCAAUUUUGCCACCAUAGACCUUUUUUAAGGCAGACAUUUUGACAUGUCAUAGAAGGAAAAUCACUGGUGUAAUUUUAAAGUGAAAUUUUGUUCAUAGCUUUAGUUAGUAUUGUUGAGUCG